AUGGGCCUGCCGUGGUUCGCCUUGUUCGAAGCCUGGGCAGUUGCGAAACUCAUCCGCAGCCCCACGUUCAAUCGCGGCGUCCAGAAGAUGUACCGCAAGAUCAACCGUAUCCCCGACACGGAAGCCAAGAACGGGUUGGGACGCACCGGCCCCUCCGCUUUCGAUCACUUCCGAGAUGAGCUGAAAGACCAGUUCCGCGAGCUCACCUGGCAGAAGCGCCCACCGAAACAAUGA